AUGUUUGCAAUGUGUACGCUAGGCCACCCGCGUCGAGGUGUCAGUUUACUGAUGCGCAGUUGCGGGGCCGGCGCUGGAGUCCACGAAGCCGAGCUUUUAGCUGUUGAAGAUCUGGCCAAACCGUUUAGUAGCCCUGAUAAAUGGGCAAAUGGCGCAGCGACACUGGUUGUGCAGCAAUCAGCCGAUAGCGCUCAGCUGCGGUGA